CAGGCGCAGCUUCAAAAACCCGCAGCAGCAACAGGCAGCGAGUAGAGUGGUGGAGUGAGGGACGCGGUUUGACAGUUCACGAGAAGCGAACGUUUAAUCUAAACAGAAGCACUGAGAAAGCUUGCAGUUUCUGUUUAUACCGCCGUGAUCUCCGGAGUUUUUCAGUGCAAAAGAUUGUAACUGGCUUGUCCAAACUUUGGAGGGAAGCGGAAGAAAGAGUGAGGUGGCGGAAGUGAGGGAGAGGGUGAUAAAGAGAAAAAGUGACUAUGGAGUCACUAUCAGCUGAGUCAGCCACAGUGGAUGAGUUGGUGGAGGCGUGCAUCAAUGCUUUUGAUGACACAGAGAAACUAAAGGACUUGUCAUUGGUCCGGAUGUUUCUGAUGAUGCACCCCUGGUACCUGUCAUCCAUAGACCUGGCCAAGAAAUUCCUGUUCAAGUCUCAGGAGGAAAGCUGCACUGCCGAGCUCAGGAGUCAAAUCUGCCACCUAGUCAAGUUCUGGAUCUCAGAGUUUCCUGUCGAGUUCAACCUUAAUCCGGCUUUGGCUGAACAGAUUCGAGAUUUGAGGGAUCAGCUAAACACUGAGGGCAAUGAGCAGGGGAGUCAGCUCAUCGAUGUUGAGAGUGUACCCUCAUAUAAGUGGAAGCGUCAGGUAACCCAGCGUGUGCCAUCCAUGUCAAAGAAGAGGAAGAUGUCUCUUCUCUUUGAACAUUUGGAUGCCUCAGAGCUUGCAGAACAUCUUACCUACAUGGAGUAUAAGUCCUUUUGCAAAAUUCUGUUCCAGGACUACCACAGCUUCGUGAGACAUGGCUGCACGGUGGAUAACCCAAUCCUGGAGCGCUUCAUCACGCUCUUCAACAGCGUUUCCCAGUGGAUUCAGCUUAUGGUGCUCAGCAAACCCACAGCCCAGCAGCGUGCCACCGUCAUCACACACUUCGUACGAGUCGCACAGAAACUGUUGCAGCUGCAGAACUUUAACACUCUCAUGGCAGUGGUUGGAGGCCUCAGUAACAGCUCCAUCUCCAGGCUUAAAGACACACAGGCCCACAUCAGUAAUGACACCAACAAGAUCUUUAACAGUCUGCUGGAUCUGGUGACAUCAAGCGGGAACUACAGUCAGUACCGGCGGCGUUUUUCUGAGUGUUUGGGUUUUCGGUUCCCGAUCCUGGGAGUUCAUCUGAAGGAUCUGAUCGCGGUGCAUGUGGCUCUGCCAGAUUGGGCAGAUGAUGAGAAAACGCGUGUUAAUCUGACCAAGACACAACAGCUGUACUCCAUACUGCAUGAGCUGGCACUGGUCCAGACCAUGUCACCCAAUAUAGACGCCAGCACAGACCUGCUUAACCUUCUCACGGUAUCACUGGACCAGUAUCAUACAGAAGAUGAGAUAUACCAGCUCUCACUACAGAGGGAACCUCGAAGCUCCAAACCAGCUAACUCAAACCCUGGUCCCAGCCUAGCAAAUAAGCGACCAUCGAUGGUUGAUGAGUGGGCGGCGUCGGUGAAACCUAAAGCAGAUCCUGCCAUCAUCACCAAACACAUUGAGAAGAUGGUUGAAUCUGUCUUCAAGAAUUUCGACACCGAUGGAGACGGCUAUAUUUCCCGUGAGGAGUUUGAGAGCAUCAGGAACAAUUUCCCCUAUCUCAGCAAGUUUGGAGAGCUAGAUACAAACCAGGAUGGCAAGAUCAGCAGGGAGGAGAUGAUAGAUUACUUUAUGAAGGCCAGUUCACUGCUGAACUGUAAGAUGGGCUUCAUACACACGUUCACCGAGACCACUUAUGUUAAGCCCACCUUCUGCGAACACUGCGCCGGAUUUAUAUGGGGCUUUUAUAAGCAAGGAUACAAAUGCAAAGUGUGUGGUGUGAACUGUCAUAAGGCAUGUCGUUCACGGCUAGCGGUGGAGUGUCGCAAACGGGCGAAGAGCAUCAGUCACGAGACUCCGCCCGCCCUUCAAGCUCGCUCUUACAGCUUUCCGCCUCCAUCUAACUCGCACUCUAAUCUCCAGGACACAGUGAUUGCAGAGGAGGACCAGGAGGCACUGAGGGAGGCAGUGUUUGAAGCCCACCUUUAAUACAGGUCCCUGGCAGAAGAUUAACACUUGGAAAACAUCCUGCUGUCCACUCACCUCAGCUCAGCUCAGCUGUAAUCCUAAUCAUACAGAGAGAAAAAAGCUUGAAGGCGAUGAGUAUAAAUGGCACCUCUUCCAACAACACUGGUCUGUUAGUAGCCUAAAUCAGAUGUCGUCAUGCGAUUUUUACUACUCGGAAUAGAUUGUGCCCAGGCGCAGCUCCAGGACUAAUAUGUCAGCAUGCUUCCAUCUUGUGGAUGAGAGCUGCAAGUGCAAAGCAGAUUAAGCACUUGUUCCUCUACAUAAUCUUGUUUUUAUUUCUUGAAUGUGAUAUUUUUAUAUGUAUUAUCUAUUUGUCAGUAGUGUUCAUGUUUAUAUAUAUAUAU